GAGAGAGAAAGGAAGGGAGGGUCGUUGGAGCAAAGGGGGGGGAAGGCAUCCAACCCAGGGAAAUUGGAGGCUGUGCCUUACUUACAACACUGUGAUUCCACUUCUUUUUAUAUUAUCCUUCCACCCGCUUUCCCCCCUUCCAUCCCCGAAGAUGUCCACAGCUCUGGUGUCUCCAACCAUCUUCGAGCUGAGUGAAGUUUUAUGCAAGGGCAACAAGAUGUUGAAUUACAGUCCCUCCAGUGUUGGAGGGUGUCUGCUGGACAGGAAGGCAGUGGGUACCCCAGCUGGCGGGGGUUUCUCCAGGAGGCACUCUGUCACCUUGCCCAACUCCAAGUUUCACCAGAACCAGCUCCUAAGCAGCCUCAAGGGGGAGCCAGCCCCUGUGCUGGGUCCUAGGGAGAGCCGCUUUCGGGACCGCUCCUUCUCUGAAGGCGGGGAACGUCUACUGCCACAGAAGCAGCCUGGGGGACAAGUCAAUUCAAGCCGCUACAAGACUGAGCUGUGCCGCCCCUUUGAGGAGAACGGUGCUUGCAAAUACGGUGACAAGUGCCAGUUCGCCCAUGGCAUCCACGAGCUGCGAAGCCUCACUCGCCACCCCAAGUACAAGACGGAGCUGUGCCGCACUUUCCACACCAUCGGCUUCUGCCCUUACGGGCCUCGCUGUCACUUCAUCCACAAUGCCGAGGAGCGCCGCGCCGUGGCUGGGGCCAGGGACCCCACUGUUGCCGACAGACCUCGCCUCCAGCACAGCUUCAGUUUUGCCGGCUUCCCCAGCUCUGCUGCCAAUGGGCUGCUGGACAGCCCCACCUCAAUCACCCCGCCGCCUAUCCUGAGUGCUGAUGACCUUCUGGGCUCGCCCACCUUGCCUGACUGCGCCAGCAACCCUUUCACCUUCUCCAGCCAAGAGCUGGCCAGUCUCUUUGCCCCCAGCAUGGGGGUGCAGGUGCCCAGCGGGGGGUCACCCACUGCUUUCCUCUUCAGGCCCAUGUCUGAGUCCCCCAACAUGUUUGACUCGCCACCCAGUCCUCAGGACUCCCUCUCUGACCAGGAAGGCUAUCUGAGCAGCUCUAGCAGCAGCCACAGCGGCUCAGAUUCGCCCAUCCUGGACACCUCAAGACGUCUUCCCAUCUUCAGCAGACUCUCCAUCUCUGAUGACUAAUUUGGGGUUGCCUCUUGUCUCCCUCUCACCUCUCUAUUACAAUGUUAAGCUGAACCCCCCUCCCCCACCCCGAGCUCCCCUGGUUACAGGGUUAGACGUUAACAUCAAGGCAGUCCACUUGCCGCUAGCUGACUCACUGGCUUAAGCCUUAAGUGCCAAAUUACAUUAAAAAGCAAUAACCGUUUACAAAAUUAGUGCCUUUAACAUUUUCACUGUGACUAUUACCUCUCCAGCUGCAGAGGGCACCCGCAGCCUCCUCUAAAGCUCUGUGCACUUCCAGAUGUGCAGGGAAAAUCCAGAACCAGCAGCUCCCUCCACUGGCCACAAUACUGCAUCUUCCCCUUUCAGUCCCUUUGCCCCUCCCUUUUCUAUUGGCCAGUUGUUGCUAGACUUAAGGCAUGUGGACAGCUGUUAACAUCCAGCCCUUGUGCCCUAUAAAGAUUAAUUUUGCCUGGAUCUGCUCAGGUCUGCAGGAAGAAAAGCUGAGAAUGGACAAAGAUUGUACCAUGAGUGGGACUUUGACUGGGGGGAAGAAAACAAACAGAUGGACUAUGAAAGACUUGAUUUUGGUGCUAAAAGUUCCCCAUGUAUUCAUGUGACAUCUUUAAAAAAAAUAAAUAAAACCAGAGGGGAGGGGGGGCUAAUGGAAUUCAUUCCACACACAAGUUCUGUUUAAACCAAGUUCCAGUAGGCAUAGCUUUAAUGGUUUUGCUCUAGAGUACUUUAGACCUAUCUUAGAGCACUCACGCCAAGCUUUUUAUUAUUUUUUUUUUUCUGGGUUUUAAUUUUGUAUAACUUUUCAGAAAUUGGAGAGCAAAUUUUGCUUGUCACUGCACAACAAUAUAAAAAGCUUAUUUAACUUAUCAAAACGUAUUUAUUGCCGAAACCUAUGCUUUUUUGUUAAUUUUGUUCAUAUUUAUCGGGAUGAUGAAUCCAUAGAAUAUAUUCUUUUAUGUUUAAAUUAUGAUCUUCCAUAUUAAUCUUAAGAUUGUGAAGUGUCUUUUUUCCUUUUUUUCCCCCCCCCACAGUUUAAUAUAUUAUACUACAAUGACAUUUUUUGUAACUUUACACUUUUUUGGUUAUUUUAUUUUAAAAAAUGAAAAAUUAAUUUAAAAAAAUGCAAAAACUGUGUUUGGAUUAUUUAUUUUAGAAAUUCCCCUUUUUGUGUUGGACUGCAAAUUGAGUUAAUGUGUUUCUUUGCCUUUCCUCUUCCUCCUCUUCCCCUGGGUGUUGUACACACUUGGGCUCUAGAAUGUACAUGCAUAAGCUCUGCUGUGAGAUAGUAUGGAAGAAAGACAUUUUACUUCCUUUUUUUUUUUUGUAUAGCUUCUUUAAAGGAAAAAAAAAAGCCUUUGGCUUGAAGUGCCUAUCUGAAGACAUUCCAAAUACAGUUUGUCUCUGAGUUUCUGUAUUCCAAGUUUGGAGUUUUCCUUGUUGAGGUGAAUGGGACUGGCACAAAGAAAACAAUGAAUGUAAUUUUUCCCCUGUUACUGUUCACUACAUUGCCUUUUUUCUUUUUUUUUUUCCUUUGUGUGCGUUUAUUUAAAAGAAUCUCUUUUGUAACGACUGUUUGCAGUUUAAAUCAAUAAACCCCAAGUCUUUUUCAAGAAA